AUGGCGACCGUACGCGUCACAGAGGCAGAGAAGAACGAUGAAGAUUCACUCUUCUUUCAAGAAGAGCAGCGCAUCAUGAGCAUGACUCUCCAGGGUUGGCAUCAUGAGACCCUCUCUGCCGCCGCGGUAGGCUCUUCUGGCUUCUUCAUGCUUGAAGAUAAACUGCACGUCAAGUGCCCCUUCUGCAAGCUGGUGGCUGUCCCACAUGAUAAAAGCUUCGACCCGCACACAUACCACAUAGAGAAGCGUCCAAACUGUCGCUAUGUCAAGGGUUGGCUGAAGAAAAAACACUGA